AUGGCAAAUUAUCAUAUGUCAGGCGCCGAAUAUCUCGCAUCUAUUUAUGGAACUGAAAAGGAUAAGGUCAACUGUUCCUUCUACUUCAAAAUAGGUGCAUGUCGACAUGGUGACAAAUGCUCUAGAACGCAUAUCAUGCCUUCUUUCUCUCAAACAGUUUUAUUGAAGAAUCUUUAUCACAAUCCGAUGAUUGAUACCAGACAAGCGGAUGCCUUUGCUAAGGUUGGCCAAAUGAACGAACAAGAGCAGCAGUAUUUUGAAGAGUUUUUUGAAGAAAUAUUUGUUGAAUUAGAAGAUAAAUUUGGUCCAAUUGAUGAGAUGAAUGUGUGCGACAAUAUCGGAGAGCACAUGAUUGGCAAUGUUUACGUAAAAUUUGAAAAUGAAGAAGAUGCGGACAAAUGUGUCAAGGGACUUGAGAAUAGAUGGUUCAACGGUUCACCUGUUUAUGCUGAGCUAUCACCUGUGACUGAUUUUCGUGAAGCUUGUUGUCGACAAUAUGAAUUGGGAGGUUGUAACAAAGGUGCUUUUUGCAAUUUCAUGCAUUUAAAGCAAAUAUCACGUGAUUUGAGACGAAAGUUAUAUGGUUCUCGGGCAGAGUACCGUGGCGGUGGUUAUUAUGGUGGUGGAAAUUGGCACGAAGGUAGAGGUGGAGAUUAUGGUAGUUAUUCUCGUCGUAGUGGUGGAUACGGCGGUGGUGGCAGUAGACGGCGUUCACGAAGCCCUCGAUCAAGACAUCGAUACUAA